AUGUGUUGGGCUAUUUCCUGGAAUUCUAGGACUUCGAAAAUUUCCAAAGGGAAAACAGAUUUACCUCCGCCGGAUAUUAAUCAGAUUGUUUCGUCGGCUAUUGUUUCAUGCGCUGAAGUUGGCAGUGGCUUGAAUGUGUGGGAUUGCCAGCUCUCGGGUUUGGAAGUUGAACUUCCUGUGGGGAAGUUUCUUUCUUGGGUUUUGAGAACAGUGCCUAGUCUCCCAGAUUGGUUUUCACAGUUUGUGUAUGCAAUUCUCAAAAACUGUGUUUCUCACAAGGACUCGUUAAGACAUAAUGGGAAGUGCACUCGGAAACCUGAAUGCAACGGAUUUUGA